AUGACCCUGUUUACAGAUGCUUCUCUGACAGGCUUGGGAGCUACCCUGGAAGGCAGAGAGGCAUCAGGUAUAUGGUCCGGUCUCCAGUUGACAGAACACAUCAAUUUACUGGAGAUGCGGGCUGUUCUUCUGGCAUUGAAACACUUUUCCCAAUUUGUUCAGGGUCAAUCUCUGAUGAUAGCCACAGACAAUACAACAGUAGUGGCUUAUCUGCAGAAUCAGGGCGGCACACAUUCUCAGUCUCUUUACCUUCUGUGCAAAGAAAUUCUGUUGUUUUGCCGUUCCCUGGGAAUUCGCUUGUCAGUCAGGCAUGUUCCUGGCAAUCUGAAUCUAGUAGCGGAUGCUCUCUCAAGGUCACUGCAUCCAGUGAAUACAGAAUGGGAGUUACAUCCAGCAGUCUUUCAGGAGAUCUGUCUCAAAUGGGAUCGUCCUCAUAUAGACCUCUUUGCUACGCAUCUGAAUUGCAAACUGCCAACGUUUGUCUCUCCGAUUCCAGACAACAAAGCUUUAGCAGUGGAUGCAAUGUCUUUCGAUUGGAAAGGGAUGUUUUCUUACAUGUUUCCUCCUUUUCGCCUCCUUCCCAAGAUUCUACACAAAAUCAGGGUAGAAAUUUGCAAGACCAUUCUUAUUGCUCCAGCAUGGCCAAAACAAUCUUGGUUUCCAGAUCUUCUUCAACUGUGUUGUGCGAGACCAAUUCUUCUUCCUCUCAGGAAAGAUCUUUUGUCUCAAUUCAAAGGCAGGAAAGUUCAUCAGAAUCUUUCCAACCUCCAUCUACACGCAUGGUUACUGUCAGGGAAUCUCUCAGACAGGAUGGCUUUUCUGACAGAGCAGCCAAACGUAUCUCUAGUUCGGUCAGAAAAUCUACAGGAGCAAUUUAUGACUCUAAGUGGAACAUCAUCUGUUCUUGGUGUUGUUCAAAGGAAAUUGAUCCUCUCGCAGUUACUGUCCAACAGUUAG